CUGUGACGUCAUAAGUCUGCGCCACGUCCACUCUGACAUUUUCAAUGACAGUUUACACAACUUUGUUUUACGUUUCUUUGAUAACGCGGGUGGUUAAAGCAUAAAGUGACUACCAUGCACAGAGCCGCGCGGACAGCUUUACAUGGCUGGUCUAACGCAGUCGGCCCUGCGAUGAUCCGCCAGUGUUUAAAACGCAGAGUGCCCCUGCAGCUGAGCUCACGCGCGUACAGUGUGGUCCCGACCCCGUGCGACAGUGAGGAGAAGGAGAUGUUGGACCGAAUCCUGCGCGUGGACCACGCUGGUGAAUACGGAGCUAACCGCAUCUACGCCGGCCAGAUGGCAGUGUUGGGCCGAUCUAGCACCGGGCCUCUCAUCCAGGAAAUGUGGGAUCAAGAAAAGAAACACCUCAAUAAAUUCAAUGAAAUUCUGUCUGAGAACAGAGUUCGACCCACAGUGCUGUUACCCCUCUGGAACAUUGCUGGGUUUGCAUUAGGUGCGUCCACUGCACUGUUCGGAAAAGAGAUGGCCAUGGCCUGCACUGUGGCGGUGGAGGAGAGUAUUUCCGAACAUUACAACAGCCAGAUCAGAGCUCUGAUGGAGAGGGACCCCGAGCGAUACACUGAACUGUUACAAGUUAUAAAGGAAUUCAGAGAUGAUGAGCUGGAGCAUCAUGACACAGGACUGGAGCAUGAUGCAGAAUCAGUACCUGGAUACUGGCUACUAAAAAAUGCAAUACAGCUUGGCUGCAAAGCUGCAAUAUAUGCCUCUCAGCGGGUCUAACGUCGUGUUUAGAACAAUUAAGAAUUUUCACCGGUGGAUGUUUGAUAUGUGGACUCGAUUUGUAUAAAUGAUUUGAACUUGAAUGGAAGUUUCUGCUCCAUUGUAAAUUAACAUUUAACUUCGUACUAUUGCAAAAUGUAAAGGUUCUGUAUGCGACAUUCAGAGCAUUGAUAGCAGCAAACCAGUAUUUUCUCUGUAAAGAUAUAGUGGAGUAAUGGCGACCUGAGCAGAGAAUGACGUCACUCUACCUCUGUGCGAGCUGUAAUUCGAGCUUCUCUGUGGUUUGUUGUGGUAACCCGGCCAUGCGUGCCUGUUAAUGCAUGGAUGUAUUCCUCUGGCUAGCUCAUUGCUUCCACUUUGCACUGUGGUCAGACAGCGGUUACCACUGAUUUUUGGACAGCUGCAUCGCAUAAGUGUAGCGCCUGGUUAACACUGUUAGCUCUGUCAGCACUGCUGCCAUUGUUUAGCGCUGUUCAUGGAUUUAGCACUGUUAGCUGCUAGCCGCCAGCUCAGCCACCUCCAUGUUGAGAAUCGUUUUCAGACAUCUCAUAUGCUUUUAAUUUCACAUAGAGCCGCUUUACGCCGGAAUUUCCACUGGAUGCGUGUCCGUUGCGGAACGGCAGCGCUGGUUAUCCGCUGUGUGCUCCGCCGUCCGUCAAUACCCACCGGCUGCAUUUGCUGUGCGGAGCGGUGCAGACAUCUCGGUGCACUGCCGUGAUUAAUAUCUCCUCGUCCAUGGUGUCAACGGGGUGAAAUGACGUCUGAAAACCUCUGACCUGUUGACUUCAGGCCUGCCAUUAUGUAGUUUUCAAGGUGUAGUGCAGGGAAAUAUGAUCCGCGUGAACACUGUGUAUUUUGUUUUGAAAAUUAACUGGAUGUUUUAUCGUGUUUCUGUGCACGACUUCCUGCCCCGCACGAUCUGCUCUGUGCUGAAUUGCUGCGUUGUGCUCUGGCGUCCGGCAAAAAUAGAAGUCCUGCGUAUCUGUUGCGGAGGGCUCCUGAGUGCCGGAGCUGUGACGGAGCCGGAACGCAGCACAGCCGCAGCCGGUGGAAACACACACAUUGACUAGAAUUGAAUCCUAUUGGCUCCGCUGCCGUGCCGGAGCGGAGACGCAACCAACACGCAUCUGGUGGAAAUAGGCCGUUAGUCUUGUAUACAAACAUUCAGUUAUCUGCAUUAACCAAAAUUUUACUGCUUUGUACAGUGUAUAAUACAUGGACUAGGGAUAUCCCGUUUUGAUCUCAUAGAUUGGUAACAGGACUGAUCAAGUAAUUUUUUUUAACCAAUCAGGAUCAGCCAGAUUAUUUAGCGCAGUCCGAUCCUUUGUUUUGUGUCAGCUGUCACACUGGUGCUUUUUUUUCAUCAAGCUUUAAUGCGCAGCGAUAAACAGUGGAACCGUCGUCAACUCUUCAACUCUCUGCUGUCUGUUUGGCUGUCCACUCCGUGUGUGUGUGUGUGUUAAGAGCGGGGGCUGAACCCCUCUUGCAGUGAAACACCACACACCAUAAAGACAACAAAACACAGCACGAGACUGUUUUUCAACACAGACACUCACAACACCACUUGAAGUGCAACAAAAGACCUGCGAGCAAACUGCCAGUAAGAGUAAUUUAUGAAUUUAAUCUGCACAAAAGAUGUACGGAUGGCGAAAAUAAAAACUCAGUGGAAUACCAUUCAUUCCAUAUGGUCAUUGGUUUAUUCAGGUAACUCAGGGAAAAGCUGCACCAAAGCAACAA